UCUGACUGCGGUAGGGUCACUCCUCACGUUGCACCUUAUUUUGGGAAAACCUGCGUGACCGGAACACGUACGGUAAUCCAGGAAGUGGACGCAAAGUAGUGAGAGACUACGAGUUCAUGUGUAAAUUAAUAUAGAGGAGGCAGGAUGAGCAGCUCAGAAGAAGUGUCCUGGAUAUCCUGGUUCUGUGGACUCAGAGGCAAUGAGUUCUUCUGUGAGGUCGACGAGGACUACAUACAGGACAAGUUUAACCUGACAGGGUUGAAUGAGCAGGUGCCUCACUAUCGCCAGGCCCUGGACAUGAUUCUUGACCUGGAGCCAGACGAGGAGCUGGAGGAUAACCCGAACCAGAGCGACCUGAUAGAGCAGGCAGCAGAAAUGCUCUACGGGCUCAUUCACGCACGUUACAUCCUCACAAACAGAGGCAUUGCACAGAUGCUGGAAAAGUAUCAACAAGGGGAUUUUGGCUAUUGCCCCAGAGUCUAUUGCGAGAAUCAGCCAAUGCUUCCUAUCGGUUUGUCAGACAUCCCAGGAGAAGCAAUGGUGAAGCUCUAUUGCCCAAAGUGUAUGGACGUGUACACCCCUAAAUCGUCCAGGCACCACCACACCGAUGGGGCCUAUUUCGGCACGGGGUUCCCUCACAUGCUGUUCAUGGUGCACCCAGAGUAUCGUCCAAAGCGACCAGCCAACCAGUUUGUGCCAAGGUUAUAUGGUUUUAAAAUUCACCCAAUGGCUUAUCAACUCCAGCUUCAGGCCGCAUCAAGUUUCAAGAGUCCAGUCAAGACGAUCCGUUAGAAAUCAGCUUUGACAAAGACAGUGGACUCAAAAGACUUUGUUUGAAGUGAUUCUUAAUAAAUCCCUGUACAGUUAGUUCUCCAAACUCACCUCUGUGUUGAUAGACAUUCAGGUUCAGCCAUUUCCUCUCAUUCAGUGCGACACUUAGAGUUGAGCUACGUAGUCUCUAACCUGUUAAACGCGUUAUUAUUCCACAUCCUGAGGCAGUAUUCAACCUUAAAUGAUGUCAGUCCAUUUGAGGGUCGUUUCCCUUAACCAGAAAAGUGACUUUAACUUGGCGAUGACCAAGCCUACAGUUUGCUUUGUGGCCUAAUUGCAGGCGGUUGAAUGUAACAGGAGGAAACCUUGCCACCAGCCCCCGGACAAGUUUGCCUUAUCGAUACAGUCAAGUCUUACGGCAGUUAAAUCGUGUCACGUGGUAUUAAACAGUGCUGAAGAACAGAUGUUGGAAGGUGCUAAGAUUUUUGCUUUAGCAAUAUGUGAUCCGGUGCUAUUUUCAAGAACAAGUAAAAACCAAAUUAGGGAAAGAAAGUCAGAAGCUAGCUUAAAAAUGGACCUAUGUUUGAUUUAAAUCCUAUUUAUAUUCAGUUUUCUUGAAAUGCAGUGGUAUGUUCUUGUCCAGGCCGCUGUAACAGUAUUUUCCAGAUAUUUCUGUAUUUGUACUAGAUAUGUUUUACAUUAUGGUAUCUCAGUCUAGAGGGGUGACAAUCUAGAUGUAAUGCUUUUCCUCCCCUGUUAAUUUGGUUUGGUGUUGAUCAACUAUGGUGAAUGGAAUUAAAUAUUUAUUUCUUA